AUGACUUCAGAAACGCGACGCGCACCAUUCCGGAAGUCGGUGACUGAGGUAUAUGACAGAGACAAGAACUACAUCACAAGGCGUGUGAGCAGGGGUGAAGUGAAAUUGCACAUCGAAACCGAAGGACCGAAGUAUUGGUUCGAGGAAGUAUGGGCGGGUAUACAGCUUAUGGCAAUGAUGCUGUGUCAACCUGGCUUUCUCGUCCUGGCAUUGUACCUGGGAUGGAUAUAUGCACAGGUCGUCCUUGUGAUCAUUUUGCUAGGUGCUCUCCUGUCGCGAGACUACAGAUGGAAGCCGACAAAGGUGGGCGCGGGUGUUAUAUCCAUAGCUAUCGGCGCCUUGCUUGCGAUCCCCCUAACGAAAGCGGGCAUCUUCUCUCGGGAGCGAAAGAGCGCAUUUCGCACCGACUCCAUGACGUUCCAGAAACAAGUCACCUGGUCAAGCCAUCUUGUCCGCCGCGCAAUCUUCACACUGACACUUCCCCUCAUGGGCAUGGCGUACACUGUCUCUUCGGCUAGGCGCCCUCAACCAUGGCUUGUGCCGAUUGUUUUCGCUGGCGCUGUGGGUUUCCUCAGUAUUCUCGCCAUAGCUGAAUGCCACGGCCUGAUGAUGGAAACGUUCGAUACAUGUGACCUACAACCUGGAGUCAACACACGACAUCGGCUGCAAAGCAUGGCUGUACAAGACCGCAGAAGAAGAACGAAUUACACGUCCUUUCCCCGUGUCACUGCUGGUAUCUUCGCCAGUCAAAUCAUCGCGUUCAUUCUCGCUGCAGUUGCGACUAUAGUCGGCGGAAGCAUGACGCGCAAUCUUGGCGCACAAAAGUCCACAGGGACAACGGCAGGCAUCCUCUUUGCUCUCACUGUUCUGCUUAUCUUGGUCCUCUGUCGCUUCAAGUCGGUACAGGUCAUACCGAACCAUACGUUUGGAACUAGACGCGACACGGCAGCCUGGCAAGAGUUCAAAGACCUGGAGAAGGUUGGGCGUGGCAGCGACUGGAAGGCUGUGGUCAUUGGAAAUCCGAGUGGCAAGAUGAGGAGAAUGAGUGUGCUUGAGUUGGGAGCACUGAGUCGCUGGACAGAGAUCCGGAAGCUAAACUUUCUGAUCAAGGGAGUCAUGUUGGGACAGGCAAAGGAGAAGAAAGACAUGGGAGAUGGUUGGUGA